AUGAGUAAUAAGCAUGCGAAGUACAACCUUCCUAGGUUCCGAAGAAUUUCUUCACAUUCAGUGGAUAUUGAUACUACUCGUACGGUCAGUUCUUCAUCAUCAUCAAUGAUCAGUACUCCAAGCAAUCAUAUUCGAAGAUUUAGACAAAAUCAAGAUCAAAUCCAGGGUGCUCAAGGUCAGAACCACAUUAGAGUACCGCUGCAAAAACAACAGAUUCAUAGACAGCAAAGUCAACUGCUGCACUUUCCCGUCCUGGGACAAAAUGAACAGCAUCAGAGGCACCUUGGUCAGCACAAACCCAUAAAAGGUAGCAGUCUAGUCCGAACAAAGCUUCUUAAUUUACAGGGAACGAGGAAAAGAAUAGUUUCAGAUGAGCAUCCGAAUAGUUCGGUACAAGGAUUCAUAUUGCAUAAACCCUUGAAUAUGAAUCUAUACGACUACUCUGUCUUUACUCACUACGCCGAUGGCACAGACUUACAGCAUGGAGAUAAUCUUCCUCCAGCGGUCAAAGAGGCUCAAAUUAGAGCAUGGGAGUCUGCCGAGAAGGUCAGCUACAAUUUAAUAUUUGAUGAGCUGUCAGACUCUUCGGAUGAUGAAGAAAUAAUCGGCGAUAUUCCGGGAUACACAAGAGGCGAAGUCUCAAUAAUUCUCAAGAAGUUUGGAGAGAAGCAAGUGCUAGAUGAAGAGGAAGAAAAGAAGCUACUUUGGGAGUACAGACAGAAACAUCAAGCUAAUCAGGAGAAAACAUUUUCUCAAUAUCUGUCCUUGGCAGGCAAGAGGAAGAUCCAGAUAUCACAGAAGAAGGACCUACUUCACAGGAUUUUUGGAUACAGUAACAAUAUUAAUCAAGAAUAUAUGACUAAUAAUUCUUCUUAUUCCACAUUGGACAAUGUGUCAAGUACCCAAAAGGCAUUUCACGAAGACAAGGAUGAAAUAAACCUGUUAUUGGCAGAAGAUAAAGCAUACAAGCAAUCCAUACUAGAAGUCAAAAGUAAUGUGUUUGACAUAAAACUUGAUGAGUCGCUGGACGAUUUUGAUUAUGACAAGUUUCAGUCUAUUACGACAAACCAGUUGGAUAAAAUCUAUGAUGACUUCUUGUGUGGCGAGGAAGCAGACACAAAUGUCGAUAUUCAAUCGUUCGCAGUGUCAUUUUUAAGAAAAAAAGUUAAAGAAGAAGCCGAAGAUUAG